AUGAAGUUCGUUAUUUUAUUAACACUUAUUGGAUUAUCAACAGCAGAUAUUUUGCAAUUAAUCAAAAGAGCACAGUGUAAUUUGAAUGCAUGUGCUGAUGUUGGUGAAGCUGUAACAGAUGUUUGUGGGCGUAAUGGAGAAACCAAUUAUGAAUGUCUUUGUAAUGAUAUGUCAGAUUCAUUUUAUGAAGACGUUUAUGAUUGUGGUAAAGAGUGUUUACCUUAUGAUGAUGCUGGUAUUAAAACUCCUUCAGAUUUCAAAGAUUCAUAUUGUGACUUGGCUGACCGUUUUGGAGAUGGUGGUGAUAAUGAAAAUACCCUUGUUGGAUUGCAAUUAGCUUCUUCUACUACCAAUUCAAUACUGAGUUCUACCCAAUCUACGAGAUCAACAACUACUUCCUCUGCAAGAUCAUCAGCUAGUUCUACUGAUGAUACCGACUCUGAUGAUUCUGAUUCUGAAGAUAGCAGUUCACAAUCAAGAGCUCAUGCUAAUUCAAAUUAUAUGGUUCCAGUGUUUGCUUUAGUUGUUGGCUUAAUUCUUUAA